AUGGUGAGCGGGAAUUUGUUUCAUAAUAGAAAAAAUUCAUGGCCUCCCGAAGAGUACAUCAAUCGGACGACUUUACAGUUGUUAGAUUUCGACAGUGCAGCCCCCCCUGAGCAAGCAUUGAGACGGAAACUAAAUAGCCAUGCUAGCAUUCUUAAAGAAUUCAGUAUUACAUUCACAGAAGCCAUAAAAAUGAUUUCACUGGGAAUACGCCUCUGGCAUUACGUGCGUGAAGAGGCAUCCUAUGGAAGGAAAGCACCUAUAAAUCCAUUUACUCGGGAAAGUUGCAAACCUUCGGCAUCGCAAGGGGUCCCGCUAGGUGGGAUGGGGAGUGGUAGCAUAUCUAGAGGUUUCAGAGGGGAGUUUAGGCAUUUUCAAAUACUUCCUGGUACAUGUGAGACUUCUCCAAUGAUGGCCAACCAAUUCUCAAUUUUCAUAUCCCGAGAAGGGGGAAGCAAAAAAUAUGCCUCCGUUCUAGCUCCAGGCCAGCAUGAAGGUGUAGGGAAGUCCAGUGAUCAUGGUAUAUCAUCAUGGGGAUGGAAUUUGACUGGUCAACAUUCCACAUAUCAUGCUCUAUUUCCACGGGCAUGGACAAUAUAUGAUGGUGAACCAGACCCAGAAUUGAAGAUCUCUUGUCGACAGAUAUCUCCAUUUAUACCACAUAAUUACCGAGAAAGCAGUCUUCCUACUGCUGUAUUUGUUUACACUUUGGUGAAUACUGGCAAAGAUAGAGCAAAGGUCAGCCUGCUUUUUACUUGGGCGAAUUCUAUUGGAGGUGUCUCACAUUUAUCAGGAGAACACGUAAACGAACCGUUUAUUGGUGAAGAUGGAGUAUCAGGAGUCCUGCUACAUCACAAGCAAAUCGUUUGCAGGACUGCAAAAGACAACCCUCCUGUGACUUAUGCAAUUGCUGCAUGUGAAACUCAGAAUGUGAACGUAACAGUUUUGCCUUGCUUUGGCCUGAAUGAAGGAAACUGUGUAACUGCAAAAGAUAUGUGGGGUAAAAUGGUGCAGGAUGGACAUUUUGACCUGGAGAACUUCAACAAGGGACCAAGCAUGCCUUCAUCACCUGGUGACACUCAUUGUGCAGCAGUUUCUGCUUCCACAUGGGUUGAACCUCAUGGAAAGUGCACUGUUGCAUUUGCUGUCUCUUGGUCAUCCCCUAAAGUUAAAUUUUGCAAGGGGAAGUCAUAUCACAGGAGGUACACAAAAUACUAUGGAACUUCUAAGAUGGCGGCAAAGGAAUUAGUGCACGAUUCACUUACCAAUUAUAAGUUUUGGGAGGAAGAGAUUGAAAAAUGGCAGAACCCUAUUCUUAAAGAUGAUCGACUGCCCGAAUGGUACAAAUUUACCCUGUUCAAUGAGCUCUACUUUCUAGUGGCAGGGGGAACUGUUUGGAUCGAAUCCGCAGCACCAGCCGAAGAUUCGAAUGGUCUCACGUCAAUAAUUACAGACAACAAAAUAUUUGAAAAAAAUGAAGCAGGAAUUGUCCACAGAUUAUCUAUGACCGUAAAAGAUGACACAAUCAAUGGCGCAGAUUCUUGUGGAAGCUUUUCGGACAAAGAAGAUCAUGUGUUGACUCAGAACGACAAUGACGUAGGCAGGUUCUUGUAUUUAGAGGGCGUGGAGUACAUCAUGUGGUGCACAUAUGACGUGCAUUUUUACGCAUCAUUUGCACUUCUUCAACUGUUCCCGAAAAUCGAGCUUAGCAUCCAGCGUGAAUUCGCAAAGGCCGUGUUGUCAGAGGACACACGAAAAGUAAAAUUUCUAGCCGAAGGCAACUGUGGAAUCCGCAAGGUGAAGGGAGCCGUACCUCAUGACCUUGGAACCCACGAUCCGUGGCACGAGAUGAACGCUUACAACAUACAUGACACCAGCCGCUGGAAGGAUCUCAACCCAAAAUUCGUCCUGCAGGUUUAUCGAGAUUUUGCUGCUACCGGUGAUUAUUCGUUCGGGGCCGAGGUGUGGCCUUCGGUUCGUGCGGCCAUGGAGUACAUGGAGCAGUUCGACCGUGACAACGAUGGAAUGAUCGAAAACGAUGGUUUUCCCGACCAAACUUACGACACGUGGACUGUCCACGGCAUAAGUGCCUACUGCGGGACCCUUUGGCUAGCAGCCCUCCAGGCAGCUGCCACGAUGGGCUUCCAGCUGGGUGACGAGGCGUUUGCCGAUAAAUGCAGGGGCAAAUUCGUAAAAGCAAAGGCGGUUUUGGAGGAGAAGCUGUGGAACGGGUCGUACUUCAACUACGACAGCGGGUCGAGCAGCAACAGCAAGUCGAUCCAGGCGGACCAGCUGGCUGGGCAGUGGUACAUGGCGGCCUCGGGUCUGCCUGACCUGUUCUCAGAGCACAAGAUACGGAGCGCUCUGAACAAGGUUUACGAAUUCAACGUGAUGAAGGUGAGAGGGGGAAGGAUGGGGGCAGUGAACGGGAUGCACCCAAACGGGAAGGUGGAUGAGACGUGCAUGCAGUCCAGGGAGAUAUGGACAGGUGUCACUUACGGGGCAGCUGCAGCCAUGAUUCAUGCUGGGAUGAGGGAACAGGGUUUUGCAACGGCACAAGGGAUAUUUAUUGCGGGAUGGUCGGAGGAGGGAUUUGGAUAUGCGUUUCAAACACCGGAAGGAUGGACAAUGGACGGUCACUUCCGGUCACUCAUAUAUAUGAGGCCACUUGCUAUAUGGGGUAUGCAGUGGGCUUUAUCGUCCUCCAAAAAAACCCUUCUUGAACCUCCCAACAUAAACAUCAUGGACAGGACGGCUGCAUCAUCGUAUUCAUCCCCCAACACUCCAAAUCACGUUAGCAAGAAGAUAGCAAACAACACAAAAAGGUGCUUCGGCAACCCGGUUUUCCACUGUUCAUGCUAA